AUGGAGCAAGAUCAGGACAAACGCAUGAUCCUCCACCUCCUUCUUGAGGAUCUUGAGGAUCUAGAAAACAGACAGAAGGGAAAACUGGCUGCUGGAAAGAGAACAGAUUUUGAAAUUGCCAUCGCGAGUUUGAGGGACGAUAUUCGGACCCUGCAGGUCUCCAUCGAGGAUGAGAUAUUGGCGCUUAGCACGAGUACUGCAAUCGCAACUGAUCAGAAGAUACUAGCAGCUCUUCAACACGAGGAAAGAGUUGCUACACAGGACCGCCAAUUCGCCCUCGCUAUUCACAACGGAUCAACGUCUGAUCGCAUGUUAAAUCGCCCAACGGUCAAUGAGGCGACACCUCCAGACGACGAUGACGAUGCCGUUUCCACCAUCAUGGGUGACCUCAUGGGCCGGGUGUCUUUAAGUGAAAAGACAUCCGACAACGGCGAAGGCUCCUCGUUCGUACACGCAUCCCGAGCGAGCAGCCUCAUAAGAGAAUGUGAUUCUUGUCUCACCACGGUCGACACUAUAAUGUUCAAGGGCCCGUGUGGCCACGAGUUUUGCCGCGACUGUACAAGACAGAUGUUUCUCGGUGCCAUCAAAGACGAGGAGUUGUAUCCGCCACGUUGCUGCGGCAAUGUUGUACCACCUGGAGUUGCUUUGAGAGUCCUUAACUAUGAGGAGCUUCGACGUUUCAGCGAAAGGGCCCUUGAAUGGACCACGAAGGACCGCCUCUAUUGCGCCGAGCCAACAUGUUCGAAAUUCAUUCCUCCCUUCGCUAUCCAGCACGAGCAUGGCACCUGCCCCGAAUGUCACCGGCAGACUCAUGUACUAUGUCGUUCCCUCGCCCACCCCCGUGUCGAUUGCCCAAUGGACGAACCUCUCCAUGCUGUGCUGGAAAUGGCGGAUGCUGCGAACUGGAAGCGGUGCUUCAACUGCAAAACUAUGGUAGAGCUCCGCCACGGCUGCAACCAUAUGACCUGUCGGUAA